UCACCAAGUCCUCUCACCUCAUACCGCCAGAAUGAUCAUCAGUCAUUGUCAUACACAGAUGUGGCUGUUGGUAGUAGCAGCAGCAUCACUGGGGGUGUCAGGGUCAGAGACCUCACACCAAUCCGAGGCCCAGUCCCAGACCCUCCAGGCCCUCCACUGUCCGCCCUGUGAGAGGAUCCACUGCACCCACCGCCGGGCCCUGAAGCUCCAGUGUAAAGGUGGCCUGACCACGGGGGUCUGCGGCUGCUGCCCAGCCUGUGCCAGGACGGCUGGGGAGAGCUGUGGUGGGACCUGGGACUACCUGGGCAAGUGUGACGAGGGGUUGGUGUGUGUCUACCAGGAGUCUGUCUCGGCUGCUGAGGGAAUACCAAACGCAGAGGAACGUAAAGGUAUCUGUAAAGCAGUGCUGGAGACCCUGGAUGUGGAGUCCUGUCGCCCAGAAUGCACCUGGGAGUACUGUCAGACCAAUCCUAAUGAGGUGUGCUCUGCCAGGUUAGUGUCCCUGGAGAAGCAGGAGUGUCAUGGUAAAUGCCAGCACACGUCAUGCUCCAGCUGUCUGGUCUUGAGACCCCCGUCCACAGCCUCCUGCCCACAGACCUGUGCCCCCUCAGACCCCGCCUGCCUGCACCGCUUUGGGAGGUGUGUUCACAACCACCUGGCCGAGCCCCACCGUCACCACCACUACAACCACCACCCCAUCUGUCACCACAACCUACAGAGUAAUGCGGAGGGGUAUUUUGUGUGCUUAGUGCCUGGAUGUCCGAACUGAUGCUUUGAGAAGAAACCCCUUACUAGAAUUUUCACUGAUACAGUGUGUUACAGAUACUGAAUGGCAGCUAUUUUCAAAUACAUCAUUUGAAUAACUUGACAAUAAUAUUUUUUGGUUGUGGUAAAUACAUUGCCUGUGUACAUUUUGAAUAUGAUAAAUUGACUGCAUCUUGAAUUUUGUGAAUAAAAAUGAUAUUUUGUAGAUUA